AAGAAAUUAAUCAGAUCUUAACACCGUUCUUAUCUGUUAAAUCCCUUUGGCCCAUUGCUGACGCACUACAAAAACUACAACCCCAUCCCCUCCCUCUCCUCCAUUUCUAUCUCUUUCGACAAGGGACCAUUGAGAAACAAAAAGGGAAAGUUUGUCAGCAAUUCAAUGGCUGAGGCGAAGAUCUUUGAACUCAACAAUGGCACCAUGCAAGUCAAAGUCUCCAAUUAUGGUUGCACCAUCACCUCCUUGCUUGUGCCAGACAAAGAUGGGAAAUUGGCUGAUGUUGUUCUUGGAUUUGACACUCUUGAGCCAUAUAUGAAAGGUGCUGCUCCUUAUUUUGGAUGCAUUGUGGGUAGAGUGGCAAACAGGAUCAAAGAUGGGAAGUUCACACUCAAUGGUGUGGAGUACGCUUUGCCUAUCAACAAGCCACCAAACAGUCUCCAUGGCGGGCACAAGGGAUAUGAUAAGGUCAUCUGGGAAGUUGCUGAAUAUAAGCAGGGCGAUAAUCCAUCUAUUACCUUUAAAUAUCGUAGUCGUGAUGGAGAAGAAGGCUAUCCAGGUGAUGUUUCUUUCACUGCAACUUAUACCCUUACUUCUAAGACAACAAUGAGACUUGACAUGGAAGGCGUGCCAGAAAAUAAGCCAACACCGAUCAGUUUAGCGCAACACACUUACUGGAACUUAGCAGGUCAUGAUUCAGGGAGCAUUCUUGACCAUACGAUUCAGAUAUGGGCAAAUCAUAUCACUCCUGUAGAUCAGAACACCGUCCCUACUGGUGAGAUCAUGCCUGUUAAAGGCACUCCAUUUGACUUCACCACUGAAAGUAAGAUUGGUAGUCGCAUCCAGGAGGUCGGCCUUGGAUAUGACCAUAAUUACGUGCUUGACUGUGGAGACGAAAAAUCAGGCCUGAAGCAUGCUGCGAAAUUGAAGGAUCCAACUAGCUCAAGAACCCUGAAUUUAUGGACCAACGCUCCUGGUAUGCAGUUUUACACUGCAAACUAUGUAAAUGGAAUCGUCGGUAAAGGUGGUGUCCAAUAUGGAAAGCAAUCUGCUGCGUGUCUAGAGACGCAGGGAUUUCCUAAUGCCAUCAACCAACCAAACUUUCCGUCUGUUGUUGUUCAACCAGGCGGGACAUACAAGCACAGCAUGUUGUUUGAGUUUUCAGCUGAGUAGGGUAUAUUUUUCGCCUUUUAUGGUAAAUAACAACAAAUGUCUAUCUUAACAAUAUCGUCGAUCUCUUGGUUCCAACUUGGAUUUGGCCAACUACUUUCUUAUGUAGGUUGAGUGAAACUAAUAAACAUCUUGAACUGCAACUCUUGCCUACCCUAUUAAGUUGUCCCAUUUUCUUUCGGGAUGAUAAAUUACACGUUCGCUAGUAUUAUUUCCUCCUCGUCU